AUGGCGCAAGCCAUGCCAAAUUUGCCACGAAAACUACGUACAUGCGAACAUGUCCCUGUAGGGAAGCGUGCUCCACAAUGUGUUUUUGGCGUUAAGGCUUUUGAGGAACUUAUACCGAGAAUGUGCCAAUGCAAUGGACAUGCUCGACGUUGUCGCUUCAAUUUGGAACUCUACAAGCUGUCGGGCCGCGUUUCGGGAGGAGUUUGCUACAACUGUCAACACGACACCACCGGCCGUUAUUGCCACUAUUGCCGCGAGGGCUACUACAGAGAUUCAUCCAAGCCGCCCAAUCAUCGCAAAAUCUGCAAACGCUGCGACUGCCAUCCAGUUGGCUCCACGGGUAAAACCUGCAAUCAUCUGAGCGGUCAGUGCCCCUGCAAAGAGGGUGUGACAGGUCUGACGUGCAAUCGGUGUGCGCGGGGAUAUCAACAAACCAGAUCCCAUGUGGCACCCUGUAUAAAAUUACCGACCAAAGCGAAUAUGAUACAAGCGGAGAGCGCGGUGAGCGAGUAUCGAGAAUCAGCUGGACCCGAUGAUGAGAUGAAAAAAUAUUGUGGCAAAUGCAAGGCCAGCCCGAAAAAACUCAAUUUAAAUAAAUUCUGCAUGGAGGAUUACGCCAUUUUGGCAAAAGUCAUUGGGCAUGACCGCGCUUCACAGGACAUCAAUACGGAGAAAUUUUCGAUUGAACGACAAAAUGAAAUUUUCAAAUACGAAAUAAAUAUACAAACGAUUUUUAAACGGAACCCCUUGCAGGGUACGACGAGUUCGCUGCUGGGCAGAGGGCAUAUGAUGUGGCUGGUGCCGCGCAAGAGUCUCGAGUGCCAAUGUCCCAAAAUAAAGUUGAACAAAUCAUAUCUUAUACUUGGACGCGAUGCGGAGGCCGCACCUGGCUAUCUAGCCAUCGGUCCCAGUUCGGUGGUACUCGAAUGGAAGGAUGAGUGGUCGUUGCGCAUGAAACGCUUCCAGCGGCGAGCGCGUAAAUGCAGUUGAAUCGAACCGGAAACGGAAUAUGUCAGAACGGAUUUUAAUUUCAUACAUUUGGAUAGAUAUCGUUUCUUGUAUAAAUUGUACAGUUUACUCAAAUUUUUGACAUUCUUCGGUAUUAUGCUAUAAACAAGAGCACAUAGAGACGGUGAGAAAGAGAGUAAGAAAAAAAGCACAACAAUAACAACAAAAGAAAACAAAGUCAUAUUUAUGCACCACAAAGCGUUGCAUGCAUGGCUAAUAAGAAAAUGCAAAGUACACACACACACAGACAGACUCACUCGCACACACACUCAUACAUGCAUCAAUAAAUAAGCAUUAGUAAAUGGCGAAAGAGCGCAAAGUAGUUGCUGUCCAGAAUUAAAGAGAGAAACAAAAAAAACAAAAAUUAAUUAAAGUGUGACGAAAAAAUCGAUUUCGUGCGAAUAUGACUUUAAUGAUUUAUAAACUUGAUUAAACAGCAUACACACAUAUGCACACACGCAUAUGAGAGGCAAAAAUAUCAGUGCGCUAAAUUAAAAUUUUUUUUUUGUACUUUUUCAUAUUUUUAAGUUUGCAUUUGCCAUUAAUCAGCAAUUCGCUGUUCUUGCACAGUGCAAACAUAGCAUGGCAUAAAUGCUUAUGCGCUUAUGUGUGCUAAGUUAUGUACAUACAUAUGGCUGCUGCGCUGCGCAGUAGUUUAAGCAGUAGUUCAUUAUUGUGUGUACGGCAUAUGCACAUUUAUAUGUGUGUAUGUAAAUAAGUGUGAUGUGCAUAUACAAAUUUGUUUGCUCAUAAUGAAUGCUGUUCUUGUUUUUAUUUUUGCUUUUAUUGAAUUUUUUAUUAUCGGUUUAUUUUAUUGCACUAUUUUUCAAACUUUUUAUUUUUAAUUUGUUUUUUUAAUAUUUUUUGAGUAAUUUGAAUUUAUAUCACAAUUCCAUUUAAUUGUGAUUUACUUAUUUGUCACCGCGCACCGCGCACUCUUAUUUAAUGAGUUCGUUUAAUUAAGCAAAUAAUCUUUGUGAUUGUGGGCAGUUAAUUUAAAAGCGAAUGCACAUACAUACACAUAUUUGUAUACGUAUUAGAGUGACCAGAUGUGCUAGCAAAUUUCUAGCCUCUUGUUAAUGGAAGUACCAGCUGACAGAACUGCCAAGGCUUAACAAGCUUCAGUUCCUGUCAGGAAAAGGGAAUUUGAUUCAACCUUAAAAAAUCACUAUAGAGAAAAUAUUGAGGUAGCCCCGAUCGUGAUACCGUUACUUUCCUCUGAGCGAACUUUACAAUACCAGCUGAUUUUUGAGACCUCACCCUCAUGCAAUUGCUGAUCAGUGUGACCAGAUUAACAUUUUCGUAACUUGACUAGGCAUUUUUUUGUUUGUUCUCUAGCCUCGGAGUUUUAGUGCUUUCUUCCUGCCCUUUACUGGCCUCUUUUAAUGGGGGAAACCGGUUCAGAAGGCCGAAUUUUUUGAACAAGGAAGGAAUAAUCCGAAAUUGUUUAAACUUGGAGAGUAUUUUACUCAUAUUUUGAAGUAUACUUUAAAAUUCUUUCAAGCCAUUUCCGGCGGAAAUAGUGGCGUUAGAGCGCGUUGUCCGUGGACGAUCGCCUUUCGAGUAUCUUGCUGGUGGGCAUUCCUGAAGUGGCAAUUUUUCUCCGUAAUUAACAACAAUUUUGUUUUUUCGUUAACAACAUGUUUCCUAAGAAUAUCAACCUAAUUGUGAUAAAAUAAUGUUGAAAACUCCAUAUAAUUGAGGGGCUUGAACACAAUGCAACUUUUUCAUCCCAUUUUUUUAUCUAUUUUGCUUAAAAAAAUAUUUUUAAUAAAAAUAUAAUCCCAGAAUUCGGUUCAUAUGAAUAAGGAUUGAAUUCAGAAUACUCCGAAAAAAUGUAUAACGAUUGGUCAAUAACUUUUUAAGCUAGAGUGCCCAUCAGUUGAAAAAAAUAGUUUCGAGAAAAACGUCGUUCUAACUAACGCGCGCUACGGUGCGGAACCGAAGGGCAGUCAUUUAAGUGCUCAUAGAAUCGGAAAUAAUACGUAUUUCGCUUUAAAAUUUUUACCACAUAUUCUUGAGUAGUUAUACUAACAAUUUAUGCAAUAAAGAAAAGUUGAUUUUUUGAUAAGCCUAACUGGAUAGUUUAAUAAUUCACUCAGUUCUAUUUAGCUUUACUUUUUCUUUUUCAUAUGGUCACUUUAUCGUUGAUGGCGAUUGUUGUUGGUAUUUGCGAUUAUUUGUGUGUGUCAUUUCUUUGCUUUAUUUACAUUUUUUUUCCAAGUUUGCUCUUCCUCUUCUCCUCCGUGUAGUCAAAUCUCACUCACGCAACUGCAGUGUUGCCAAGUUUUGGAUAUAAAAAAGCACUAAAAUGUUCAUUUAAAGAAAAAACCAAUCCUUUUAUUUAAAAUUUAUUUUAUAGUAUAUUCCCUUAACUUAAAAAAGGCUGAAAAACACUUGUUUGCUAUAUUUGUGGUUAUAUAACAAGAUCAGGCGGCCGCCGUAGCCGAAUGGGUUGGUGUGUGACUACCAUUUGGAAUUCAGAGAGAACGUAGGUUCGAAUGUCGGUGAAAGACCAAAGUGAAUAAAAAGUACUUUCUAAUAGCGGUCGCCCCUCGGCAGGCAAUGGCAAACCUCCGAGUAUAUUUCUGCCAUGAAAAAGCUCCUCAUAAAAAUCCAUCUGCCCUUCGGCUUGAAACUGUAGGUCCCUCCAUUUGUGGAACAACAUCAAGCCGCACAUCACAAAUAGGAGGAGGAGCUCGGCCCAACACCCAAAAAGGGUGUACGCGCCAAUUAUAUAUAAAGGGCGAUUUUUUAAGAGUUAUAGGAAAGUUUUUCAAAAAAAACACACGUAAAAUUCAGAAAAAUGCAUGCUAUUUGUAUUUAUAUCGAUAGUACAGUUCAUAUAAUUUAAUGUUUGAAGAUUAUUUCAUGCAAAUGUUGACCGCGACUUCGCUUCAAAUGGUCCAUCCGCUUAGUCCAAUUUGGGCAUACUCUUUCCAAUGUUUCGGCCAGUAUCUCACAUAUAAAUGCUUUAAGGUUGUCUUCCAAAGCUUUAAUUCAAGGCUCACAUUGUUAUCGGUGUUCAUGCUGGUUCUUACAUAAACGAAAUUUUUUACAACCUCAAAAUCAAAACUGUCAACAGUGACGUGGGUGCCGGUACGCGAGUGCGCCGACUGUUUCUUUGAUGACAGGAGGUACUUCGUUUUGUCCUCGUUCACCACCAGACCAAUACGCUUUGCUUCUUUAUCCAGUUUGGAAAAGGCAGAACUACCAACGCGUUUGUUACGGCCACUAUAUAGUACACCUUGUGAACACUUCGCGUAUUUCAUAUGGGAAUAGAAUAGAAUUCAGCGCUUCCACAAAUUUUAUAUUGAAUAUCAUAAAAUAGAACGAUUUAUUUAACGUUUUUUGUAAAAACUAAAGUUCUCGUUCAGCAAUUUGGUCGUACUUUUCAACACAGAUUAACAAAACUCAGCUGGGCAGCGUUCACCUUCACUUUUUGCAGAACGCAGAAAAUGACAUGAAUUCGCCUGGUGAGAAAGCAGUAAUUUGAGAAAAGGAAGUAUAAAUCUGACAGCUCUGGCGCAGGGCGCACUGAAUGCGAAUGGGAAAAGCAAACACUGGUAGUUUGAAUAGCUUGAAUUUGUAACCAGUGGCAGCGGGUACUAAAUAAUUAAACAGUCACUCGUUACGCUCAUUUGUCUCUAUUUGCUUUGAGUGGCAUACAAAUGUUUAAUAUUGCUUCUGAAUUUAAGCGCGUUUUAUUCUCAGGCAGCAUUUUUCCCUUUACCGACUUUAGGCGCUCAGCGCGCCAUGAUGGAAAAAAUUGAAACCACUUCUUGCGACCAAAAACCAAGACACUUUGUCUGGGAGUGAGAAAUUAGUCCAGCUCUAAUCUAAUCCAGUUGUCUGGCUGCGCUACAUACAAAUAUUAUCAAUAAGUAAAAUAUGUCAAAUUCAAAUAUUCAACCAGCCUGAUAGCGUUUUUCGAUUUUCGAUUGUCAUUUGAACAUGAGACCAACAACAAUAAUUACCAACAACACAAAGCACCAAACAACAGUGAAGCUCAACAUGCAUAUCACAAAAACACAUUUAUAACAAAUAACAACAGUUGAAAGGCAAAUAACCAGCGCAACAUAACAAUAACAACAAUAUUACAAUAUGUUAACUGUCAGCAAGCGUAGCCGUCCGAGCGCGCACACAGGCUAUCCCGACAUGAUUUACAACAUCACGGUCACGGUCAAAUGGCUGGAAGCUGCAUAGGAAAAACUGGAAUUAUAUGAAUAUAAAGCAGAAAAUGAGUUGUGCCAUUGGCAUGGCAUGGCUUGAAAUGCAACCAAAUUGAUGCUGAAAUUUGAGAAAUGGUAUGCAGCAGCAAAGUGUGGCUUGCCCCAAAAUUUAGUGCUCACGAGUUUAGAUAAUCGAAAACUGGAGUAUUUGAAUGCCGUCCAAUGAAUGUCAGUGUCUGUUGGCAUGACAUUUGAUAUAACGUUUUUUCAACAUUUUUGCUUUUACAACAAAAGCCUUUUAGAUUCUCUUUUCUUUUUCUUAAAAUUUGUGUUGUAACAUUUCCAACCAUUUUUGCUGUUGCUGUUUCAAAGUGUGUGGCAUGCGCGCCCACCAAUCGUUUGUUGUCGUCUUAAUUUACAAUCUGUUUAACACAUUUUGGCGUUCAAUGUUUUUUCUGGUAUUUUUCUAUAAAUGUGUAUAUUUUGUUGUUGUUGCUUUUUGUUGAAAAAUAUACAAUCGAAACUGCACUUUAUACAGCAUUGUUGCAUGCAUUAAUAGUGAUUUGUUGCCAAGAUUUUUCUGUAUUUAAUUCAUUGUCGCUGUAUUGGACUUUUGUGCUUUUCACAGUCGCUCAUUCAAUGUUGCCCACCCGUCCGUCCACUGGUAUUUGUGGUAUUUACAAUGCGCCUGAAUUCAAUAGGCGACAAUUGGUAUAAUUUGUUGUUAAUCUCAGUAGAUUUGACAAUGUUGCAGCAACAAAAAAAUGUGUUAGUAAAACGGCUAAAAGUGAAUGGGCAUUGCUCACUCAUUUGAAAUAUGGAUAAUGGUGCUGUAAUAUUUCAUUUUACAUGUACACUCGUGGCCACGCAGAACUUACCAACUCCCUUUCUGCACUUUUUCUCCAGUUGCUGCGGUUCAACAUACCGAAUCUUUUUGAAAAGGAAGGCAUCUACAAAAUAAAUAGAAACUAUUGCUUCAUACUUCACUUGUAAGAAAAGACGUUCGGUAGAUGGUGGGUAUUAUUACAGGACACAAUCCAUGGGGUCAGCCACGAACACCACUGGAAUUAGUGAGAACCCGAUUUGCCUGUCUUGCUUGGAGGAGGUGGAUAGCACUGAGCUCUUUCUCUGUAAGUGUCCUGCCUUUGCUAGAGCACGGCUACGAAUUUUGAGUUCCGAGGACAUGAGAAGGUGUAAUAUUCGUUCUCUCAAACUGGAAAAAAUUUUCAGAUUUGUCAAAGAAUCUCUUCUACGUUUCUAUUCUAUCGUAUCUUUUUCCUUCUAUUACUUCUCUGCAUUCCUCCUUCCUUAAAUACAAUGGGCGUUUUAGUUUAAAUGUUUUCUUGGCUCGAUUUGUUCAUAUUUAAAUUUCAUGCUUCACCACUGAAUAUUUCUCGAGCAAAAAAUUAUUGGUUUUUAACUAAAGGGUUUUCCAAUAGCAGGUGUAAUUUUGGAAUGGAUUGCGCUAACGGGAGAUGAUUAACGAUUUUUUAUGGCCGGAAUGGGAUGAUAUGGAUCUGAACAACGUUUAUUUUCAACAAGACGGCGCUACGUGCCACACAAGCAGCGAAACCAUUGAUUUUUUACGGGAAAAGUUUCCGGAUCGUGUUUUCUCUCGAACAGGUGAUCACAAUUGGCCACCGAGAUCUUGUGAUUUAAUACCUUGUGACUCUUUUCUUUGAGGCCAGGUUGGUCUACGCUAACAGCCCAGGGUCGAUUGAAGACCUCAAAGAUGGAAUUCGUGAGGCUAUCGAGGACAUAGGGCAUCCACUUUGCAAUUCGGUUAUGGAAAGUUUCAUGAAAAGGAUAUUGCCCUGUAAGCGUGGUCGUGGAGGUCAUUUGCCUGAUAUUAUUUUCUUAUUGGAAAACCUUUUAUAAUGAUAAUUUUUCUGUUAUUGGCACAUGCGAAUUUUUAUGAAGCAACCAAUUUUUUUCAAUAUCUGAGUAACUUUUGCUUUUGUUGUCGAUAUAAGAAAUUGACAAAUAUUUUAGUAAAUGAUUUAAUAUGAAGUUGAACCGCUUUUGGCAGCAGUAACUGCUUGGGCCCGGGCAAGCAAUGAAACCAACGAGGUUUUCAAGAAUUUCGUUAGGAAUUUCCUGUUUCCAUACUUUGUUAAACACUUUUUUUCAGUUCUGCCUUAGAGGUUGGUCUGUGUUAAGAAACGAAAUGGCCAAAGACGACACUUUUCGUAGUCAUAAACAUGGAUAUAUAUCGUUGAUUCAAUAUCGUAUGAAAACUCACUGAUUUAGCCCGAUUACAUGGGAGAAAUUCAUCCCAAAAGAUAGCCUCAGUAUGGCUAUAUUAUUUUUCUACGACGGGAACGAUUUAAGGGGUUAGGAGUAGUCAGAGGUACGAAAAAAUUAUGAUUUUCAAUAAUUUUUUUCCGCUAGUCAAUUGCUUGUUUUUACAAAAAUAAAAACAUAGCAUUAAUACACAUCGAUUUGACUUUAGCAAAAUUUCAAAAAAAAAAAAAGAUUAAUAAUUUUAAGAGUUAUCGCCGUUUAUGUGGAGCCCGUUUCUCCAGAAGUCCCUUGCGGUGAUUAUCACAAGUCCUUGGAUAUUCAUCUAAAAUCAAUCAGACAAGAGAAAUUAGUUGUAUUAAUAGAUAAUCUUGUGCCUGAUUGACGCUUUUCUUUUUUUUCAGGAAAUAUUUUCCAAAUUUUCGAGAAAAAAACCGACAAUUAACUUUUAAAAAAAAUUGAAAUUAAAAAAAAAAUCCUCCAAUCAGGCACGAGUUUUUUGUGUAGUAUAAAUUUUAUUGAAAUCUACCAAGCGGUUUUUAAGUUACAGUGAUCAGCAGUUUAAAGAACAUAGUUUUGCGAAAAACGCAUUUAAAGUUUUGCUAUAGAUCCCGGAGCGCCCGAGCGCCCUUUGUUAAUUGUUGAAUAACUCGAAAAGUAUUUAUCGGAUUCACUUCAAAUUUUCACACAACAUUUUUAAGAUAUGAUACUUUAAGAAAAUACAAAACAAAAAUCCACUUUUUUGAAAAUUCUGACUACCCCUAACCCCAUAAUUGAAUAUAACUUCUUCAUACUCUUGGGCGUUCAUAAUUCCAUCUAAAAGAGUACAGGAGCCCGUGUAUAGAAAGAAAAUCGGGCCCAGCUCAUUUGGCUUUCAGGCUGCUUAAUUUAAUGGUAAGGUUUGCGUGGCCACGAGUGUACGUGUAUAUGUAUGUGUGUAAGUGCAUGUGUUGGCAGUGAGUUGAUAAAAAAAAAGUGGCUUAGUCAUGCAAAUUGGCUAGUCGGAAUGCGAUUUAGGGCUAUUGAUGAGAUAAUCAUUUGUUAAUCUGCAGCCCACAAUAAUUUAGUAAUUUUCCUAAUUAGAUACUUGUUGAAUUGGUCAACUGAAAGCGGUUUGAUAUUUGAUUGACACACAUAAAUACUUAUGCGAUGCUUUAAGUGCUAAGUAUCGGGUGUUUCUUUUUUUGUUUUUUUUUUUUUGUUUUUUGACUGCUUGUGAAUUAUCGAUAUCGGUAACUAUGGUUUGACAGCUGAGAAUGACCAACUGUGUUGAUAUUUCUGUUCAGUAAGGUUUGGGUACGGCGACCGCCGUAGCUGAAUGGGUUAGUGCGUGACUAUUAUUCGGGAUUCAGAGAGAAGAAAAUAGGUUCGAAUUUCGGUAAAAGACCAAAGUUAAGAAAAAGUUUUUUCUAAUAAGAGUCACGCCUCGGAAGGCAAUGGUAAACCUCUGAGUGUAUUUCGGCCAUGAAGAAGCUCCUUAUAAAAAAAAAUAUCUGUCGCUCGAAGUCGGCUUGAAACUGUAGGUCCCUCCGUUUGUGGAACAACAUCAAGACGCACACCACAAAUGGGACGAGAAGCUAGGCCAAACACCCCAAAGGGGUGUACGUGCCAAUUAUUGUACAUAUAUAAGGUUUGGUUAGUCAUCAGAAAUCGUUUAACGCCAGAAGACGGCUCCCAAAAUGGGGGAAAAAAAAAUAUUAAAAUCUGUUUCCGAACUUCAUAGAGCAGUUGGUCCAUCUUACGUGCGGUUUACAUGCUAUCGAUUAAUAUAUUUCCAAAUGAGGAAGGAGCUGCCGUUAUGGUAAGUGGCGAGUGCUGUCGAGCUAUGCUGACUGAAUUUUUGCCUCCAAAAAUGAAUCAACUAAACUUAUUCUUCUAUAUUGCUUACUCGUUUUCGAAUGUAUAGCGAUCAUACAAUAUUUUAUAUAUUUUUGCUUCUUGUUUAUUAUUUACAAUUGCUUUAAAAAUGUCUCUAGUUUUAGCUGAUAACUCUGCUACAUUGCGUAUGCCCGCCCAUUGCCUUAUAACUCGUAACCCUGAUAACUACUUCCGGUCAACGCAUCGUUUCCCUUCAAUUUAUUUGGUAUUUGCGUUUGUUAUGUGCCCAAGGUAAGCUGUCUUGUGACGUUUUAUUGUUUUUAGAAGUUCACUGUCUCGAUUAACUCAUCGUGAAACCUCUAUGUUAAAAACUAGAUCGGUUAAUGGAAUUUUCAAAAUUCGCCUAAAAAUCCAAAUUUCAAUGGCCUAGAGUCAGUUCAUAUCAGCGACUUUGAGUGCCCAACAUUCCAUGCCACAUUAGAGCACAGACCAUACAUAACAUUUCGCAAAACGAAUUUUAAGACUCAUAUCGAAGUCAUGGUAGCUUAAGAUCUUUCUAAGCUUACAGAAUGUAGAUCUAGCGAUUUCUCUUCCAGUUCUUAUUUCAGCUGAAGUAUCCCAGUUUUCAUGAAGCCAGUAUUCAAUGCAUUUCAAACUUAAAACUUUUCCUAGCUGUACGUUGUGAGCCAUCAGUGUAUGAUUAGCGCCUGCUCCUGCGUGACUCCUGCUGAUGUGCAUAAAUUUCGUUUUAUUGAUGUUAAUUUCAAGCCCGUAGUUUUCGCUGUGAUGAACAACUUUAUUUAGUAUCACUUGCAAAUGAUUCAAGUUAUCUGCUAAAAGUGAGGUAUAUCGGCGUAUCUUCUUCUUCUUCUUUCAUAGCGUUACAACGCGGGGUGCAUCAAAGCUUCUUUCAAAAGCUCCUCCAAAGCGGCCUAUCUAGAGCUGUUGCUUCGGAGUUUCGUAUUCCCAACUUCUUAAGAUCGUGUUCCACUGCGCCUAUCCACCGGUUCCUCGGUCUGCCUUUGGCCUUCACGCCCAUUAGCUCACCAGUCAAGGCUUUCUUCACGGUACAGUCAACAGGCAUACGGAUCACAUGACCUAGCCAUCUUAUGCGCUGCGCUUUAACAAAACGUACAGCUAUCUCGUUCUAAGUUAGGUCGUUCAGUUCAGAGUUCAAUCUGGUGCUGUAGGUACCAAAAAUGGUUUUGUUGGGCCAAAAAUCUUCCUUUCCAUGCUAGCCAUCUGCGCGCAGUCAUCAACCUUAAGAGUCUAUACCUCACAAACAUACGUUAGAUUGGUCGAAUACGGGUCUUGUACAUUGUUAACUUUGUAGCUUUAGACAAGUUAAGGUGGGCGCAAUACGCUUUGUUGGCGGCGUUGAGGCGAUCCCUUACUGCAAAAGUUGAAUCACUGCAACAUGCGUACAUAAUUCCUAGGUACUUAAGUGCUGCACUGUUUCAAAAGUAUAGGUUCCACACAUGGCAAUUUUGCACCUGUGCACGCCGCCUCGAUAUCAACAGAUAUUUGGUUUUGCCUUCGUUUACAAAAAGGCCGAUACUGUUCGGAAUUUUGUUAAUUUUUAAGGAAUAGCGAUGCCAUCGGCGUAAGCACAUAGAAAAAUGAACCGAAAUCAUCGUUGAAAUUCAUAGAAUCGGAGUCGAAUAUCUUCAAAACAUCGAUUUAUCGCAUUUUAACUAAUCAUUUGGGCUUACGAAAGGUCUGUGCACGAUUCAUUCCGCACAAGUUAACAGAGGGCCAAAAAUUGCUCAGAAUUCAAGAGGCGAGAAAAGACGAAAGCUUUCUUUACAACAUUGUAACAGAUGACAAAACGUGUUGUUUCCAAUAUGACCCUGAAACUAAGCGGUCAAAGUGCCGAAUUGAAAGCCCCAGACGAGCCACCACCCAAAAAAUCGCGUUCGGAGAAGUAAAACAUCAAGUCAAUGCUCAUUUGUUUUUACGGUUCCAAGGGAAUGGAGUUCAUGCCAACGGGCCGCACCGUCAAUACAAUUUUCUAUAUUGGCACUUUUAAGCGUUUCCUACAUCGCAUUCGUCGAAUUCGCCCCAAAUACCGCGAAGGAGGAUACUGGCGCUUAUUGUAUGAUAAUGCACCAUCUCAUCGAUCCGCUCUUGUGACUGACUUUUUGACUAGAAAUCGUAUUUCAUCAAUCACUCACCGUAAUCGCCUGAUAUGGCUCCCUGUGACUUCUACCAAUUCGGAAACUUGCAUUUGACUAUGAAAGGAAAACGUUUUGCUUUCGUAGAGGCAGUCUAAAAGGCUUGUACCGAUAUCCUAAAGGACAUUUCGGGCAAUGACCUGAAACACUCUUUCGAAAAACUUUUAGAUCGCGCAAAACAAUGUGUCGAGGCCAGAAUGAAUAAAUAAACUCGAAAUUCUCAGAACAAAGCUGCUGUCGUUUCUAUUUUAGCUCAGUCUUGAUUAUUUUGGACCUCACCUUGCGUGUAUUUGGGUUGUUUUUGUUAUCAAAGUACCACCUUUCCUUACGACAAAGUGCAGCAUCAAAUUGAAUAUUACUGCUGAUGGGGCAUAACCUUUCAUUUCACACCUGUUUCAAUAGAGAACGACUCUGUGAGCUUUCCUUGAAUGAUCACUUUUGCUUGUGUAUUUGUGAGCGUAUCUAAUGUUGUUUACAACCACUCUAUUAAAUGCCGCCUUCAUUUGAAUCCAAAGAGCUUCUUGUAAGAUUUUCUUGGCAUAGUUGUUGAUAAGAAGAGGGGAUAAUGUGUGUCCUUGCCUAGCGCCUUUAGGAAUAGGGAUUUCAUGUGAUUUUUCAUUGUCAACAUGAAUUACUUCAGUCUGGUUCCAAUAAAGGUUUCUUAAACAUCAACUAAGAAUCGACGACAUUUGGUUCCAACAAGGCGGCGCAACUUGCCAUACAGCGCGCUUACAUCUGAUCAAACGAAAUCUUUUUGUGAGCAUUAAAGGCAGCCAAAAGGCUUGCGAUACCGGCAUGCUGAGGUAUAUCCUGUCCAGCGAUCUAAAUGACCAGUUGUAGUGUUCGAGAGGUGAGAAUACUUUGAAUAAAGUAAAUCAUAAAUCUUACUCUUUUUUUUAAGUUCUUUUUACCUCAGAGCACAACUUCUUCUCGUAUACUUAGAUUCUGCUUUCUUUCCAUUACUAACUUUUAUAUGCAAAUAUUUUAAUUCCAUUGCAGACACCAAAAAUAUAUGCAUAGGUUCAGCUAACAUUUUACAUGCAAAUGUGUCUACUUUCGAACAGAAAACAUUUGUCCAGCUCAAACAUGAAUAUGCAUAUUUGUAAUAGCAGCUUUGAGACACCAGCAGUUUUGCCAUUGCUACCAUAAACAGAUCGACACACUGCAGGAAAAAUGCAUAUGUAUGUAUGUAUGCAUUUGUGUGUAUGUCGACAGAGUCCACAUGCCAACUAAAUACCACUCAGUGACACUGCAACAAUUGCAAAUUUCAUUUUAAUCACAAACGCAUGCUUUUAAUCAAACAACAAAAAACAUUUAUGUACGUACAAGCAAGCAAAAAAAGACACAAAACAGUAAUGAAAGGCAUUGUAAAAAAUGCAAAUGAAUAAAAUUAAAAAUGCAUUAAGUUUAUUUUUUGUUACGAAUAUUUCCUGUCUACUCGCGAUUGUUGUUGGCGCUUGAACUGCCACAUUUCGUGCACUCGCAUUUGUUCCACCUGUCAGCAACAUAUGACUUACACACACACACAUACAUACAUGCACAUACUACGUAUAGUGUGUCACACAAGAGCGUAGUUACUGUUACACUGUUAAAAAAGAAAAUAUUUAUAUAGAAAACUUACAAAAAACUUAAUUAAUUACUAAACUCCAGCAGCUUCGAUUAUUGACUGGCCUAUAGGUUCAGCGUGGUUGCCGUAGCCGAGUGUCUUGAUGCGUGACUACCAUUCGGCAAACGUAGGCUCGAAUUUCCGUGAAACUGCAAAAUGAAGAAGAAGUUUUUCCUAAAAGCGGCCGCCCCUCGGCAGGCAAUUUCAAACCUCCGAUUGUAUUUCUGUCAUGAAAAAUCUCCUCAUAAAAAGUAUUUGCCGUUCGAAGUCGGUUUAAAACUGUAGGUCCCUCCAUUUGCGGAAAUACAUCAAGACGCACGCCCACAAAUAGGAGGAGGAGCUCGAUCAAACUCCUAACUGAGCGUCAGUGCACUUGACAGCGUUAGUUUACCAAAGCAGGUUUUUGUAAAGGAUGGUUAAGUUUCAAGGCCCGGUGUUGAUUUUGAAUAACAUACAAUUUGUUUAAGAAAUUAUUGAUACUUCUCUUUAUUAUGAUAAUAUUGGUACGGCUCAAUUACGUAUGAAACAAAAUAUCCGCCAAAUGGCCGCCGCGGUCUCGGCGGCAUACCUCCAUCCGAUAGUCCAAAUUUUCGAUGACGCUGAGGCAUAAUUGAGGUUCUAUGCUGUUAAUGUGCCGAAUUAUCUCAUCCUUUAGCUCUUGAACUGUUGCUGGCUUAUCGACGUACACCUUUUCUUUCAAAUAACCCCAAAGAAAGAAGUGCAACGGUGUCGAAUCACAUGAUCUUGGCGGCCAAUUGACAUCGCCGCGACGUGAGAUUUUUCGACCAUCAAAUUUUGCGCGCAAAAGAGCCAUUGUUUCGUUCGCUGUGUGACAAGUGGCACCGUCCUGUUGAAACCACAUAUCGUUCACAUCCAUAUCUUCCAAUUCGGGACAUAAAAAGUUCGUUAUCAUCUCACGAUAGCGAACACUAUUCACAAUAACUGCCUGACCGGCCUCAUUUUGGAAAAAACACGGCCCAAUGAUGCCGCCGGCCUAUAAACCGCACCAAACAGUCACUCUUUGUAGGUGCAUUGGUUUUUCGGCAAUCACUCUUGGAUUAUCAUUCGCCCAAAUGUAGCAAUUCUGCUUGUUGACGAAUCCACUGAGGUUUAAAUGUGCCUCAUCACUGGAGAUGAUUUCCUUCGAAAAUUGGUCAUCCACUGUUGCCAUCUCCUGCUACCAUUCUAUGAGUUGCUUGAUUGUAUAUCUUUCCAUGAUUCAAAUUGAGUUAGUCUGAAAUUGAAAAAUGUCAAAUGAAAUGCAGAAGAAAACUUGACGUUUAGGUGUGGUUCACAUUCAAUAUCGGUCCUUGAAAUUUAACCGCCCUUUAUUAGGUUAAACUCCUAUCUAUCCAGAAUCGAUCCCGCCAUAGUCAACGUACGUCCGGCAUGUAAAGGCACUGUUCAAACUAGCCACCUAACACCACUCUCCCUUUGGACCCAAUCUGUCGAAACAGCAUGUUUCCUGAACCCACCGUUAGCUUAGAUAGACGUUAACGACCGGUGGCUACAAUGUACCAGGAGGGCUUAGUGAACUGGUACCAUAGAAACAACAACAUGGACUAACCCAUUGAUGGCAACUUUUCUUAAGAUUUAUGGCGCAUUUGCGAGGUAUUUCGAGGAUUUGUAGUGAACUGUACGAGGUUGAUUGAAAAAUUCGAGCAAAGUGAGAGAGUUGGCGCUACUGACGUGUUUUUUAUAUUUUUUAAAACCACAAAACAAAAAUAACAAUAAGGCUUUCAUACUUUAAUUACAAUAAAAAAAUAAAAACAAUCCCGGGACUAAUGCCGAACUUUCGGGACUACGGGAAUGGCAUCCGUAGUAUACAUACAUAUAUGCUUCAAAUACCGUUUCAAAACGGUGGUACGUUUCAAAAGGUUACCACGUUGCCAAGGGACCUGUUGCUGGAAAACUAUCGAAAUUAGGUAAAUACAGUAAACCAAAUUACCCAAUUUUUUGCGAAGUGCUUUCACUUGCACCUUUAAUUUAGUGGCAGAUAUUAGGGUAUUGGGGCGCUAACACGAAACAAAUACAAAAACGGAUCCAUGAUGUAGAGUCUGAGCCUACUAAGUAACUUUGCUAAACUUACGAAUUUUUACUAAAUUCUGGCGAAUAGUUGAUUUGUUAACAAUGCCUGAAGCUCAAUAAUUCCCUCAGCAUGAAAAAAAGUAAUUCCAAUAAAGUGGCCAGCCUGCUAUCAGCAAUUUUGUCAACGAUCUUCUGUAACACACUGUUUACUUCUAUGUGCAGUAGCAGAUUUAUGUACUUCAUAUAAUAGCAGAGCAACCAUACAUACAUGUAUGUGUGUGUGUGUGUGUGUGUAUUUGUGACAAAUUUAUAGUAUAUUUAUUAAUGUUUCUCGAAAAACUUGCAAAAAAAAGGAAAUAAACAAUACCUGCAACAUGAAAAAUCGUGUUACUCAUCAGUUGCAUGUCUGCACUGAACGCGAUUUAUAUUCGAUUUAUUAUCGUUGACUAUACUGCCUGUAUUUGUGGUUAAUGCGGCUGCCCCUUGAAAAUGCAAUUUGUAUUUUUUAAAUAAAAGUAUUUCUAUAUGUUUGUGUGCAGGCUGUUGGGAACCGCUUAAAUGAAAUUAAUAACUUUAACUGACAGCAGACACUGGCGCAGCUAACAGAUCAAAUAUUUACAUAAAUCUCGCUUGCCUGCUUAUUAUUCAGUGUCACGUUGGAGAUUUUUCUCUUGAAUCAAUUUCAACUGAUUUCCUGUUACUUAAACUGAUUUUUUCCUUCAUGGAAUUGGCAUAUGUCGCAUUCUUUUUUAAACGAUUUCGAAGGAAAAAAGCUUUUUAGUUAGUUUAUAAUUUUGCAUAAGAUUUAAUUUUGUUCAAUGAGAAAUAUUAUGAUUUAAUAGAAUUCAUUAAGUUCCCUUACCAAACGCAUUGUUUGCUAUUAUUUGCACAAUAUUUCAUAGCUAAGUGAGUUGAUUUUUUUGGCAACUUCAGCUCAGUUCCCAAUGAAGCCACGCUUGAAAAAAGUAAAAACCUUCACCUUCAAAUAUUAGGUUGGGGAAUAAGUUCUUAGCGUUUUUAGCGAAGGCUUUUAUUUGAGCAAAAAACAAUAAUUAUAUCAAUACGUUAAUCAAUUAUAUAUUCGGGAGGUUUUUCCACCUCUCAACCAAUUUGUUGAUGCCGUUCCGCCAGAAAUCGCCUGGUCUGCUGCCAAAGAAGUUGUAGAGCCAGUUCUUAAGAAUCUCUUUAUGAUCGAAGGUAACAUCCUUUCAUCCAUCCAAGAGACGGCCGCCGUAGCCGAAUGGGUUGGUGCGUGACUCCCAUUCGGAAUUCACAGAAAGAACGUAGAUUCGAAUCUCGGUGAAACAGCAAAAUGAAGAAAACGUUUUUUUCUAUUAGCGGUCGCCCCUCGGCAGGCAAUGGCAAGCCUUCGAGUGUAUUUCUGCCAUGAAAAAGCUCCUCAUAAAAAUAUCUGCCGUUCGGAGUCGGCUUUAAACUAUAGGUCCCUCCAUUUCCUUCAUAUGGUUCGACAGGGAGCGGAUGGUAAUCGGUCGGUGCAAAGUUUAGAGUAUACGAUGAAUGCUGAAGGACCUCCCACUCGAGCUUUUGGAGUGCGGCUUUGACGACUUGUGCAACAAGGUGCCUGACAUUGUCGUGAAGGUGUAUAGUUUGACCAUAUCGAUCAGGUUUCUCCAGCCGAAUAGCCUCAUUCACGCGGUGUAGCUACGCAACGUACAGCUCCUCGUACACCGCGGCAUUCUUUUCGACUAUUUUCCAGUGCAUCAUGCCCUCCCAGUCUCAUCAAACACAUAUCAUGACCUUCUUUGGAUGCAGAUCCGGCUUGACUCUCGGCUUUUGCGUAUCUCCUGGAGCUACCUACUCCUUUCUUUGCUUCAUAUUGAUGUACGAGUAUAGGCACCAUUUCUCAUCUUCGUAACGAUUCGGUACAAAAAGCCGCUGUUUAUGAGCGUGUGUUGCUCAAUGGCGGGCGAGAUGCUGAGAAGCAAUUUGAAGGCGACUUUCUUUCUUUUCUUCAUUCACCUUCUGAGGCACCCAGUCCCCUAGGCUCGCAAUUUUUUGAUAAAUCCCGUUGAAUGAAGGUGAUUAAGAAUCGUUUUAUGAUGACACUUCAUUCCGCAUUCAUUUCCGCCAAUUUACGACUGGUUUGGCAACCGCUCUCUGUUCCCCUUCAAAAGUGAUUUGAGGCGUUCUUCAUCGAAUUCAGAAGGUAUUCCGUUGCGGGACGUGUCAUUGACGUCAAAGUCGCCAAUUUUGAACUUUGCAAACCAUUUCCGUGCUGUAGACUCACCUAUGUAUAACACUUUCCCCAUACAAGUCGCAAAUGUUCCGGGCUGUUUUGGCAGCUUUUUGAUCUCGAUGAGAAGCAAAGAAGAACAGGUGUCGAAAAUAUUGAUGUUUGCCUAUUGGGUAUUCCAUUUCUAAGCCUCAAAACUAAUAAGAAAUUAAAGAACUCAGAAAUCCGAUUACCAUAGUUUUGUAGAGCAGAAAGAGUUCUAUCGAAUGAAUACUUACCCUUUGCCAAACAGCUAACAAAUCGUUGUAAAUAAGAGAAAAUAUAGAAGCACUAUAAACUUAUUCUCCAACCUAAUAGCUCGCGAGUGACUAAUUAAAUAUUAUUCUAUUAAAAAUUAUACAAAUAUCUGGCCCGCAUACUGCUGUUAGGUGUUUGGUCGUGCUCCUCCUCCGAUUUGUGAUGUGCGUCUUGAUGUUGUUCCACAAAUGGAGGGAUCUACAGUUUUAAGCCAACUCCGAACGGCAGAUAUUUUUAUGAGGAGCUUUUUCAUGGUAGGAAUACACUCGGAGAUUUGCCAUUGCCUGCCGAUGCGACCGCUACUAGUGCGGUGGCUGACUUAUCUACAUAUUAACUGGUAUAUGACAUAGACUGACACUGAUAUUGCAUAGACGGGCAACUUUUGUUGCAUAGGCUGACAACUGCUGUCGCACGGGCUGGCAAUUAAUGUUGCUAUCAUUGAAAAGAGACAGAGGACGAACUACUUCAGCUGCUAAGCUAACUGGUAGUAAGGAAGCUCAGAACCACUAGUAGGUUUCACUGCAGGUAAUAAGCGCAUCGCUUUUUUUUUAUAAUUGACGCGUACACCCGUUUUGGGUGUUUGGCUGAGCUCCUCCUCUACCAAGAUUCGAACCUACGUUCUCUCUGUGAAUUCCGAAUGGUAGUCACGCACCAACCCAAUCGGCUACGGCGGCCGCAACGCUAUCAACAGAUAUUAAUGGUGAAUAAAGUUGAGAACGUCAAACUAUUUCACAGUUAGACAACAUUUUCGAAAAAUACUUUCAACUACGGCAAAAGAAGAACGUAGAAAAAAUGAUCUCGCCAGUAGCAAAGUAUUGCUUUACUAUGUAGCUUGCAUUUAUUAUUAAAAUUUCUUUCAAAUUUGCAUUAAAAUUUAAAUAUUUGCUCAUUAAUAAUACUUAAUAACCAAAAAAAUGCAAAAGCCACGUCCAUUAUUUAUCAGCACUUUGUAAGCCGCAACAUGCAACACGCAAAUAUCUAAUGGCUGUAAUGGUCAGCCGCUUUUUUCCUACCUACUUUUUAUAUGCGCUCUGCAUACAGAUUAAAGCGCCGACUUUGCAACUUUGCCAACCAAAAAUGAAAACAACGAUUUAAUUGCAAAGAGUUGGCAAAAAAACUGCAAUACAAAACAAAAAAAGAAAGCUAAAAUGCAAAAUUAAUUUCAUGCAAAUGAGGAGUGGUACUUAAUUUAUAGCUUUUGUAUUAUCAUUUACAGCUGAUUUUAGUAUUCAGCUUUUGCACAAAUUUUAGUUAUUUUCAUAUUUUACAUUUUUUCUAUAAUCUGUUUUUUUUUUGUA